CCGAGCAGCACGCAGCCCAGAUCGGAGCGCAUCUUUGAGAGCACAAAACAGCAAAGAGGGCAAGAAAAACAGGGCGAAAGUAAGCCUUGAGGAUGGGCUACUCCAGGACGUUGGUGCAAACGGUGAACCUCUACUUGACGAUGAAACUUCUCAUUUUGCUGACCGAAGCUACAAAAGCUGAGGGGAGCCUCAACAUGUGGAUAGAUGCUCAUCAAGCCAGAGUUUUGAUAGGUUUUGAAGAGGAUAUUCUUAUCGUUUCUGAUGGUAAAAUGGCUCCGUUCACUCAUGAUUUCAGGAAAGCCCAACAGAGAAUGCCAGCAAUUCCAGUCAACAUCCAGGCCAUUAAUUUUACGUGGCAGGCGAUGGGGCAGGCUCUGUAUUUUUAUGAAUUUCAAUCACUUCGGUCAUUGGAUAAAGAUGUUAUGGGAGAUCCAACCGUGAACAUUCCUUUGCGAGCAACAAUCUCACACAAGGCCACAGUUGUACAGAUUGGAUUUCCUUGCCUUGGCAGCCAGGAUGGGGUAGCGGCUUUUGAGGUCACUGUGGUCAUUAUGGAUGUUGAAGGGAAUGUUGUUCUUCGAACACCUCAUAAUGCAAUAUUCUUUAAAACUUGUCAAAGAGCCAAAUGCCCAGGGGGUUGUCGCAACGGAGGUUACUGUACAGAGAGACAGGUCUGUGAGUGCCCUGAUGGAUUCUAUGGACCUCAUUGUGAGAAAGCUCUUUGUGCUCCCAGAUGCUUGAAUGGAGGACUCUGUGUCAGUCCAGGCUUGUGCAUCUGCCCUCCGGGAUACUUUGGUAUUAACUGUGACAAAGCAAACUGCACGACAACCUGUUACAAUGGUGGAACCUGCUUUCAUCCUGCCAAAUGCAUUUGCCCACCAGGAUAUGAAGGGGAUCAGUGUGAAAUCAGUAAAUGUCGGCAGCCAUGCAGAAAUGGAGGGAAAUGCACUGGGAGAAACAAAUGCAAAUGCAUUAAAGGUUACCAGGGCGACCUGUGCUCUAAGCCUGUUUGUGAACCUGACUGUGGACCACAUGGAUCCUGUAUUGAGCCCAACAAAUGUGAAUGCAGGGAAGGCUGGCAUGGAAGACAUUGUAACAAGAGAUAUGGAGCCAGCCUAAUGAACACCCUGAGGUCAGCAGGCUUCAAGCACAGACAGCAUACGCCUUUACCUAAGGAGAAUGUUGAGAGUCACAUACCACCCGAAUCUAAUUACAUUUGGUAAAGGAAAACAUCUGAAACCUUUUUACUGUAUGUACAGUUUACGACUCCACUAACCCCACUGAGUACUAAGUUUAAAAAAAAUGUCUGUAAUGGAAAAACCACUCCUCUAUUUUGCCAUAUUAUCUUCAAGACUAUGCUUAUGUUGGAGCAAAAGCUCCCUAACUAUAUGAAAAUAUUCUUUCCAUCUUUUUCAUUUUAACAGAAUCACUGUACAUUUUUAGCUCAAAUAUUUUAAUAUUUACACUUAUGAAUUUAAAUUAAUGAACUUUUAGAUAAUAGCUACAUUUGAUGCAGCAAUAAACAUCAAAGAAGUAUUAUUUAUACACAGCAUCUGCUACUUACUGAAGCCAAGGUAGCUGGCACACCAGCCAAAAAGGGGUGCCAGUUUAUAUAUUUUAAAUAUGUAUAUAUACAUUUGUACACAAAAUACAUAUUAAACAAAUUAAAUAUUCAGAAUACCUUUGAUUUACAUCAGCAUUGAUAUUGCCUAGAGAUUAAAUACAAAGGCCACUUAAAGCCAAUUGUAGAGUAAUAUUAGCCGGUUCUGCAAGCCUUCCACUAGAAAGCAGACCUGUUUUUGUACUCUAUUCUAUAGUCUGAUAGACUUCACUGCAAUCAACAUAAUCUACAGUCUAGGCUUUUUGCUUUCUGGCAUGAAUCUGUACAAAUACAUUUCUCUGGAAUUCCUUGUAAGUGAAGGUAGACUGCAAUAUAUCACCAAAACCUCUUAAAUAAAGAUGUUACAUGACAGCAGACUAGACAUUUUGGUCUGAAAAGCUCUUAAAAACAGCCACAAAUUGGCUUAUUAGAUGAGGUGGAGAACUUGCAUUGGAAAAAUUUCAUAUUUUCUAAUUUUCUGAGUAAUAUUAGCCAUCAAAUGUUACCUUCACAUUUCAUUUUUUGUACCUUUUCUUAUUUUUCAAAAUGCUAUAAGACAUAACUUUUUAAUAUGUUUAAUUUACAAGGCAAAUUAAGAAAAUGCUGUAUGCAUCUGUAUAAAUAUGAACAAAAUAAAAACUUCCUAUCUCACAAAACUUUUGUUUUAGAACCUGGGCGCAGUAUGACAUGAUUUGGAAGUUUUCUUAUGGUUAUAAAUUUAUUUCUUGCUGUAUAAUUGCAUGCUGUUAAGUCUAUGUCCAACAUGUAGGAACAUUCAGCUGAUAUCUUGUAUCAUUGGCAGAACUGCACUGAAGUGCAAAUAUGCAACCUUUUUAUGGUUAUUCCCAUGUAACACAGAAGUUGAUGAUUAUAAGCCAAUAGUAUAUACUGUACAAUGGCUAUUUUAGAAAUAUACUAUAUGUUGCCAGAUAUUUGUAAAUUACUUUCAAAUUAACUUCAUGUCUGCUGUGAGUACCUAGCCAUGUUUGGAAGUUCAGGGCAUGUUGCAAUAUCCUUCACGUUGCAGCACUUACUGGUCUCCAUCUUAAGGAACAAAAUAAACCCUACAAUAAAGAAUUACAAGAUUUCAAUAUUUGAAAA